UCCGGGAACAACCAGUGCAAAUUUUUAGUUCCAGAAGGUCAUGAUCUGGGAGUUUUCAAGAGUGGAGGUGCACAGGUGACAAGGCUGGGCCCAGAGAUGGCUAGUCCCCCAGAGGCCCGGCUGAAGACUGGGAGCAGCCCUCCACAGCUAACUAGAGGGGGUUUCCAGUCCAGCAAAGGGACCCACUCCCGACUCCAUCAGAUCCCUCUCCUGUCCCAGGGCCCCUCUGCGUCCCUCCCACAGACCCUGUCCUCAGAGUCUCCACCCUGUCUCUGCUCCCUAGGGCCUCUGCUCCAGCACCACUCUCUCCCAGGGACCAGGCUCCAAGCCCCCACCCCAGUUUUUAGGUUCUCUCAGGCUCAGAGUAGCAGGUCUCAGAUCGGAUCCCUGGGACACAGAGCCAGGCGUGUGGGUGGGUCUGGGUGGAUCCGGGUAGACAGCAGGGGCGGGGCCACAGUUUCCCAGACCGACCCCCCAGACUCCUCUCCUGGGGAGCAUGACGCUGCACAGCUGCUGGCACUCGCGAGGUGAAGACAGCGGCGCACACUCACUGGCUCUCUUCCCGAGCACCCCCCCUCCCCCACUACUCCCUCCCAGCGCGCUCCACCUUUCCCCGGCUCCUCCCUCGGUGGCAGCGAGCACUGUCCCUAGCAGCCCGAGUGCCCUUCCUCCCGAACGUCCUCUCCCUCCUCCCCUCCCUCUCCCCUUCCCCCGUGCUAAGCUCCCACUUUCCAUCAUCUACUCUGGGCGCUGAGCCUCCAGACCGUCACCUGCCCGCCUAACCCCGCGGUGCACCCUCCGGGAGACCCCGCUCCAUUAGACCCCUGCUCCCACCUCCCACAGCCGCGUGCCCCUGGUCUGCCCUCCUGCUUCUGUCCCUCCCUCCACUCCCGCGCCGCCCCCAGCUCCGGCUCCCUCGGCGUCUUUUCCUUUCUCCUCCCCGCAAAGUUUCGGGGCUGUCAGUCUGUCAGUCUUUCGGGCAGCCCGCACCCGAGCUGCAGGCAGCGGGCGCCAUUGUGACCAGAGCGGGCCAGGGCAGGAGGCCGGGGCGCCUGGGUCCCCGCAGCAGCCGGGAGACCUGCCGGCCCGCCAGGGUCUGUGGCUGAUCCCCAGGAGGAGCUGCUCUGGGUUGCCAUGAGAGAGACCUUGGAGGCCCUCAGCUCCCUGGGUGAGCUGGCAGACUGAAGAAACUUAGGGGGAAGUCAGGGGCUGAGGUUGAUUCCUGACCAGGCUGCUAGGAGGCCAGGGUUGUCCCUUGUGCAUGCUGGCUAGAGACCCUACCUACCUAAGCAAGUCAGGAAAAGCUCCUUGGGAUUCUCUGUGGGACAGCCAGAGAUGUCCCCCCAAAGUGAGCCCAGGGAAGGAUCUCAUAAUGUCCAGGAGCAGAUGGCCUCUUCCAGGGAAGAGAAUGCUCUGGGCACAUGCUCAGGUAAGUAAGUGGGGACCGUGGUAUCCAUCCAUCCAUCCAAUAUUUGUUGAGCACCUACUAUAUGUUGGGUGCUAGUCUAGACAUUUUGAAAUACCUCUGUGACCACAUAGACUAAGAUCCCCUACCUUCAAGGAACUUAAUCCUAAUGAGUCCAGAGAACCAAUAAACAGUAAAUGUAAAAAUAAGGGAAUUUGUAAACCAUGUUCAAAGAUAAGAAGUGCUCUGGGGAAGAGUAUAAGAGGUGAGGGAGGCUGAGACUACUGUAGGUUGGAGGUAGGGCAUGUUAGUGGAUUAAAUAGGGUCUAAGACUAGGCCUUAUUGGGCAGAUAAGAUUUGAGCAAGAUUUGAAAGAGGUGAGGGAGGCAGCUGGGGGAAUGCCAGGGAAGGGCUUUCAGGUAGGAGGACAGCCAGAACACAGCACACAGGGCAAGAGUGUGCCUGGCUCUUUGACCUCCCAAUCCUCUCCAGUGAUUGAUUUGCCUUGGAACUGGGGUCCAUUUGGAGGCUGGGAAGUCUCCAGCCCUGUUCCUAGAAACAGGUAAGCCUCAGGCCAGGAGUCCUUUCUUGCUUCCACUACCUUACAUACACAUAAGGUAGUGCAACUUGCACACCCUUAGCAGCUGCCCUGCUUGAAGAAGCCUGAGGAAGCCAUGGGGCAGCUGGGAAUUCAGCCCCCAAAUACAGGGCACAAGGCCCCCAGACUGGAGGAAGGUGAGGCUCCCUGCAGAGGCAGCCAGAUGUUCAUGCCACAGAAGACUGAGCCUGUGGGCUCCUGCCCAGCGGAUGAGUGGAUGAUUCGGAAGGUGAAGGUGGAGGAUGAAGACCAGGAGGCAGAAGAGGAGGUCGAAUGGCCCCAGCAUCUAUCGUUACUUUCCAACCCGUUUCCUGCGCCUGACCUGGGGCAUCUGGCCGCCGCUGCUUACAAACUUGAGCCAGGAGUCCCGGGAGCACUGGGUGGGGUUGCACUGUCGGGGUGGGCCCCUAUCCCGGAGAAGCCCUAUGGCUGCGGGGAGUGCGAGCGGCGCUUCCGGGACCAGCUGACCUUGCGACUGCACCAGAGGCUGCACCGGGGCGAAGGUCCCUGCGCCUGCCCGGAUUGCGGCCGCAGCUUCACGCAGCGCGCGCACAUGCUGCUGCACCAGCGCAGCCACCGAGGUGAGCGGCCUUUCCCAUGCUCCGAGUGCGACAAGCGCUUCAGCAAGAAGGCCCACUUGACCCGCCACUUGCGCACGCACACGGGCGAGCGGCCCUACCCGUGCGCGGAGUGUGGCAAGCGCUUCAGCCAGAAGAUACACCUGGGCUCGCACCAGAAGACCCACACCGGCGAGCGCCCCUUCCCCUGCACGGAGUGCGAGAAGCGCUUUCGCAAGAAGACACACUUGAUCCGGCACCAGCGCAUCCACACAGGAGAGAGGCCCUAUCAGUGCGGACAGUGCGCACGCAGCUUCACGCACAAGCAGCACUUGGUGCGGCACCAAAGGGUGCACGAGGCGGCCAGCCAGGCCCGGCCCUCCCCCAACACGCCCGCCUCGCCCUAUUCCUCCGCUCCGUCGCCCACCCCGUCCCCUCCUGGGCCAAAACCUUUCUCCUGUUCCGACUGCGGCUUGAGUUUCGGCUGGAAAAAGAACCUCGCGACGCACCAGCGACUGCACCGCAGCGAGGCUCUCCCCUUUGGAUGCGAAGAGUGCUCACUGGUCGCCACCGUGGACCCCGCCGCAGCAGAGCCCUUGGCCUGCGCGUCCCGAGGGCCAGGCUGCGGGACCGGUACGGGUCCGGCGACGCCCCAGCGGACCCCGUCGGGCGAGCGGUGCUUCUUCUGCCCGGACUGCGGGCGCGGAUUCGCCCACGGGCAGCACCUGACGCGGCACCGGCGCGUGCACACGGGCGAACGGCCCUUUGCCUGCGCGCAGUGUGGCCGCCGUUUCGGCUCGCGGCCCAAUCUGGUCGCCCACUCCCGGGCCCACAGCGGUGCCAGGCCUUUCGCCUGUGCUCAGUGCGGCCGCCGCUUCAGCCGCAAGUCUCACCUGGGACGCCACCAGGCGGUGCACACCGGCAGUCGCCCCCACGCGUGCUCCGUCUGCGCGCGUAGCUUCAGCUCCAAAACCAACCUGGUCCGCCACCAGGCGAUCCACACAGGCUCCCGCCCCUUCUCCUGCCAGCAGUGCGGCAAGAGCUUCAGCCGCAAGACCCAUCUGGUGCGGCACCAGCGCGUCCACGGAGAAGCUGCCCUCUCGACGCCAGCCUGGCCCAUUCCCACCCAGGGGGCGCCGCCCCCGCUCUUCUUCUGAGUCUCCUUCUCGCCAGGACCCUUCCUCCUCUCACCAGGUUCCUAGGGACCAGUGCCGCUGAACCUCCUGGGCGGUCCGGGCUGCUGCGGGCCAUUUUCCUUCCCUCAGGAGUCCGAAAAGCAUAUCCACCUCCGACGGUCCAGGAAAAUAGGACGACACAAUCCGCGGAGAGAAUUCUUGCUGGGAACAGGUCAGCCUGAAUGGCCCACCUGAAAGCAAGCAUUCCUCAGACCUUAAGUGGCCAAGGACAGGCUGGGGCAGGGACCUCUGGCGGGUGGGAAAGAGUGGUUAUCCAUGUAUUGAAUUAAAAAACACUGACGGUUCUGGGUUGUUAACUGAGCUGGGGGUGGGGACCCCCUGGCUCCCUUUAGCCCCUGUGCCACCUACACACACACACACACACACACACCCUUCUCUUUCUGUCAGUGAGUAAACUUAGCUGCUACUGACUGACUGUGGUAUUUCUCUUGUGCCAGGUGAAAAAGACUGGGGCUGAAGUGGGGGCAGGUUGCCCUUUGGCCAUUCCCCUGGAAUUGGCUGCCACUGUAGGGCUGCAGAGAUCUUGCUCCUGCCUCUGCAGUUCUCCCAAGGGGAUUGGGAAUGGAGCCUCACCUGCCACCGCCUGGAAGGAUGUAGCACAUUAAUAGCUGAUGCAUAUUGCUUUCACAUCACACCGCCCAGCAAGUUCUCUCUUGAGGACUGUUCAGUCCAUAAGUAUCUGCAAGUGCACUCCCCAGCCCAGGCAGGUAUGAAAGCAGGGGCUGGUUGGCAGGGAAGGGGAGCAGAAGGCAAUGGCCAGCACACUGGCCUGGAGCGAGCUGUCUUGGAUGUGACCCCUCCUCUUCCUCAUGUGGGACUUAGAAGCACAGAGUUCCUUUCCCAGUGAGAGGAUAUGAGAGGCCUGAGAGAUAGGAAGGCCUUUCAUGCCUGUGAAAGAGUUUAGACUGUGGGGGUAGGGGGCCAGGGCCAUGUUUACAUUUCAUGCAUUUGGAAAGAUGUCUGUCUGGAGGCAGUUAGACUGGAGGCCUGCACAUCAGCCAUCCAGUUGACAGGUGGUGGUGACCUGACAUCAUGGUAGUGUCAGAGAAGAUGAGAGUGAUGGAUUCAGGAGACACUUAAUAGGACCUGUUGACUAGUGGUGGGGUGGGUGGAUAGGGAGUGGGGGAAAAGGCUGAGGUUGGCCUGAUUUCUGCUUGAGUACUAACUAGACGACAGUGACAUUCCCCACAGGAUGACACAGGAAAGGCAGCUGUGUGCUGGUGGCUAAGUCUCGGAUAUGCUGAAUUGGUGUGACCACUGUGUGACCAGAAGGAAGCAGGCUGUAAGGGUGGAGAGCUCAGGAGAGGGCUAGACUGGAGACAGAUGUGAGUACCGCUGCCAUGUGUUUCAGGAACUGUGAAGGACUGGAUGAUAUCCCCAAAGGAGUGUGGAGUGAGCCAAGAGAGGGCCUAGGACAGAACGCUUAGAACACCAGCUUUCAGGGGAUGCCACAGAGAGAAGCCUGUGAAGAAGGCAGGAGAGUGUGGGGUGGGGUGCAGGGAAUGGACAGGAAAACUCUGAAGAGGCAACAAAGGAGCAAAGGACAGACAGCACUUUAAGAGGGAAGUCAUAGCUGAAGGCUAGAGAAGUAACAGAAGCUCAGGACUUUCAGGGCCUUUGGAUUCUAAAGCAAGGCCGAGAGAGCGGUACUGGGGACAGUUGGGGCAGAAUUCAGAUUGCAGUGGGAAUCACAAAUGCAAAGUCACGGAGAAGGUAGAAGAAGACAGAUGCAGGUGUGGAUGGACAUUGGCUAGGAAGACCCUCUCACUGUGAGAUCAGGGGAGGUGUAAAUGUGGUGACUUAAGUUUCAUGGCCAAGAAUGGGGUGAUUCCAGGUUAAUGUUGCAAGUGCGCUUACAAAACAGGAGCCAUUUUGUUUGCCCUUCCCCCAUCUGGAAUCUGGAUGUCCAGCUUCUCUUGUGAAAACUUGGAAGAUGUGGCAGCUGGUGGCUGGAGGUGAGCCACAUCUUUGGACCAUGAGAUGGGAGCCCUCACUAUGCCUCAUUGUAGGCUCAGCUUCCGAAGUUACCUACAGGGUCUCUUAGGCACUCAGCUUGUGAUUCCAGCCAAGAAAAGUAAAGUAAUCCCACAGACAUUUAAAAUCAAACACAUAAAAACAAUGUUUGUGUUGGGUAUACCAAUGUUUUUCUUUCUCGAAACAUUCUGGAAUUCUUGUGUAAGAACAGCUUUUAGAUCCUACAGCAUAUUUGAUGAGGCCUCCGUGUGCCAGACAUUUUUAGGAUUUCACAUUCUCUUGAAGCUUCCCUACAAGGCAUAUCUUUGUCCUUAUUUUUAAGCUUGUUUGCAAACUGUCAAAAGUCAUUUAGCAUGCAGCCUGGUGGUAACCACUUCUGAAGACGUCUGCUCAAGAAGUGCAACACAUCUGCAGUGAAAGAUGGGGGUUCUUUCCCACUCAAAAGCAGUAGGCUCACUGGGAUCAGUGUGUGCCAUCCACGUGUGACUAUCUUGAUAAAGCAUCAAACUUUGUACUUUUAGAACCACAUCCCAGCAUGUGAAAAUGGUCUG